CCCACACCCACACCCACACCCACACCCUAUAAUGUAGUAAAAACUUAUAAUUAAUGAAUUCACAUCAAUCGUGUUUAAAAAAGUUAUCGGAAAUGGAUGAAACUUGAAGGAAGUUUGAUAGUUUCACAUCGACACAUCUCCUGUACUUAGCAUCCUGUAACAUAAGAUAGUCAAUAGGAAAGACAGUCUUCUUUUUUACAUUUUAAACUAAUUCAAAUCGUUGUUACAGCUAUGUUUUUGUUUUGAAUUAUUUACUCUUUAUUACUUGUUUUUGAUAUUAUAGAUUGUAUUCAUCAUAGAAAAAUUGUCCUUAUGCAUCCCACUCAAAGAAUAAUUAGUGUUCAUGGUGCUGCUGGUGCGGAAAAUCAUGAUAAUAUUGUUCGUUGGGUAUGGUACGAUAGAAAUUGUGUUGAUAUUUAUGGUUUUUGUUGUCUUGAUCAACCGUUAAUCGUACCAAAAGAUUUUCUAGAUAUUUUAGUAGAUCAAACAGUUACAACCAAUGUAGCCAUCAUCAUUGACACACCAAAAAAUCUCAUUUAUCAACAUCUUGCAGCCAGAAUUUGCGGUCAACAAUCAACAAACCGAAUGCGUUUUGUUACUAAACUAUUAAUCUUAAUUCCAUAUAUGGUAGAAACAACAUUGCAAACUCUGGAUUUCAUUGGACAAUGGUAUAAUGCGUUCAAUAUACCAGUUAUUAAAAUUAGUCAGAUUUAUCCUAAACUUGAUAAAGAUGAAGAAACACAAGAAAUACUUUGGACAAAACAUUCUAUUGAUAUUCUACUGAAUACCAUCGAAGACAAAAUCAAAAAUAAACAACCUACUACUGAUCAACAAUUAAUCUUGCAGGAACAAUUAAAAAAGCCAUGGUUGACGAGAAUUCGACAAGAUUCUUGUGUUUAUUAA